AUGACGGCGGAGAGCGGGCCGCCACCGCCGCCGCCGCCGCAGCCGGAGGCGCUGGCGGCCGUGAAGGAGGAGCGCGGUGAGGCGGGGGCCGGGGUCCCGGCAGAGGCGGCGGGUCGCGGCGCUGGCGGGCGGCGGCGGAAGCGCCCCCUGCAGCGUGGGAAGCCGCCCUACAGCUAUAUUGCGCUCAUUGCCAUGGCCAUCGCGCACGCACCGGAGCGCCGCCUCACGCUGGGCGGCAUCUACAAGUUCAUCACCGAACGUUUCCCCUUCUACCGCGACAACCCCAAAAAGUGGCAGAACAGCAUCCGCCACAACCUCACACUCAACGACUGCUUCCUCAAGAUCCCGCGCGAGGCCGGCCGCCCGGGCAAGGGUAACUACUGGGCACUCGACCCCAACGCCGAGGACAUGUUCGAGAGCGGCAGCUUUCUGCGCCGCCGCAAGCGCUUCAAGCGCUCUGACCUCUCCACUUACCCGGCUUACAUGCACGACGCGGCCGCCGCUGCUGCUGCCGCCGCCGCCGCCGCCGCCGCCGCCAUCUUCCCGGGCGGGGUGCCCGCUGCGCGCCCGCCUUACCCCGGCGCUGUCUAUGCAGGCUAUGCCCCGCCGUCGCUCGCCGCGCCGCCUCCGGUCUACUACCCGGCUGCGUCUCCAGGCCCGUGCCGCGUCUUCGGCCUGGUGCCUGAGCGGCCGCUCAGCCCAGAACUGGGCCCCGCGCCGUCGGGGCCCUCCGGUUCCUGCGCCUUUGCCUCGGCCGGCGCCUCUGCCACUACCACCGCUUACCAGCCCUCCGGCUGCGCCGUCGCCCGACCUGCCAACACUUCCGCCUAUGCGGCCGCCUACGCGGGCGCAGACGGCGCGUACUCGCAAGGGGCCGGCAGCGCCCUCUUCGCAGCGGCUGGCCGGUUGGCCGGGCCCGCUUCGCCCCCCGCAGGUGGCAGCAGUGGCGGCGUCGAGACUGCAGUGGACUUCUAUGGGCGCACAUCGCCCGGCCAGUUCGGAGCACUGGGGCCCUGCUACAAUCCUGGUGGGCAGCUCGGAGGGGGCAAUGGAGGCGCCUACCACGCUCGCCAUGCGGCUGCCUAUCCAGGCGGAGCGGAUCGGUUUGUGUCCGCCAUGUGA